AUGUCUGGUAUUUUGGGCAGCGUCCGGGAUUGCAGCCAUAACCACCCGGUGCUUGUCACUAUUGUAGGUCUCGUUGUCUUUGUACCUGGAACAUUCUUCAUCAUCACUGGCAAGCCACCGAAUCUCACAUAUGAAUCAAUCGCAAACAUUUCCGGCGCUUUAUCCGAAUAUACAUCGCAGUACCCACAGGAAUUAGAUUUCAACUUCUCGUUGACAGGACGGACCUACGAAUCUGGACGAAAUACCACUAUACGAAUACUAGAGAACACACGCGAGCAUCUUGAGCAACACCUGAUACCCCUGGCGGAUCAAUUACGUCUGGACGUUCUUAGGCUGUUGGCUGUUUGGAAACAUCGGUGGGCAGCGCAUUUUCCCAUCUCAAGACUCUUAUCGGCCGUAUACACUGCGGCUCUGCCUGCUGCUUUUCUGCUUCUCGCACGCCUUUACCCUUGCUCUUGGGCGGCGCAACACCAGAUUACGAUAGCAAGCGCUCUUCAUAUCUUAGCACUUAUCACACUUGGGAACCAAACGGUGUCGAUCCAGGAUCUACUUAUCACGGCUUUUUUCAUGGCAUUGUUCAAAGCCCUGGAAAUGGGAACUAGAUCGCGGAAGAAAGAGUCAAGGGAUGGUUGUAUGGACAAAAUGGUGGGGGACAGUGCGUCAUGCGAUUCGCCGCAGGACGCGUUAUAUCAUGACUCGAGAUCAGUAGUUGAAACCCUACUGUCGCAAUCUCAUUCGAUCGCCAAGUCAAGCAUCUUCUCGAUUCCUAAAUUAUAUUCAUCUUCCGCCAAACCCGGGCAUGGUACUGAUACCAUCAUGAUGAGCGGUUCCAGAGACGAAGAGAUGGAGCGACUGCGCACAGCACUAACAGAAGCGAGAACAGCGCAAACAGUGAAGGAACUGGAAGCAAAGCGUGCAAGAGCGGAGGUACACAAAGCCAGAGUGAAACUCGACCAAACAUACACAGAGUAUCAGAGUCUGAGGGAAGAGAUGAGGAAUAUCAAGCAAAACCUUGCGCGUGAUCACCAAGCAGUGGUCUAUCGCAAGGAUAUCGAGCUCUUUGCCAUGCGGAAAGCCGGCGAGCAAAAGGAGAACUACAUCAAGGACCGCGAAUCGAAACUGCAGGAUAUAUACCGAUCGCAAAAGGCAGUUCUGGAAUUAAAAGACGCGCAUAUACGAAAUUUGAAAGACAGAGUGUCCCAUUACGAGCGCCAGAAUAGCCCCGAGCCGAAUACCGAGGCCAGCAAUGAUGAUGCGAUGCAUUCUGUAAGCGAAAGUGAAUCUCAAUCUGCUGUUCAAGUCAAGCUCUAUCGCGUCCAAGGAAGAAGUUCGGUCGAGAUAGCGCACGAAGUUGAAGAGAAGGACAUGGAAAUCGCAAAGCUGAAACUGGAUCUUUCAAAGGCCGCCAGCGCGGUCGAAGCACUCACAAAAACACAGGAAGAGCUUAAGCGUGCUUGGGAUGCUACAUUUGAAGCAGAAAAUGGCUUGAAGGAGGAACGGAAGCGGCAUGCAGAUACACAGCAUAAAUUACGGGAUGCCGUUAAGAGAGUGGAGGAAGAGAUCAAGAUUGGAAGCCAUAAGGGUGCACUUUCAACCCUACCAACGAUUGACGAGCAAGACAAGAAGGAGUUAGAGGCGAUGUACAAUCUACGCCUUUACACCAAGAUUGAGGCCUUCGAAAAACGCAUCCAGAAUUCAAAUUCCAAAGUGUUCCAGGCCGAGCAAGAAGUCGAAACUCUCAAAGAGCAGUUGAGACUCGAAAAAGCGAUUAACGAAGACAUGGCGACAGCUCGUCCUUCUCUUGUUCACAGGGUUCACUUUCAGCGCAUGGAGGGGCAAUUGAGGGAGUGUCGCGAUGCCCUUGAGGCUGUUGGAGAAGAGAUAGCCAACAAAGAUCACCAGAUUGAUGAGCUUUCUCACGCAAGAGUGGUUGCAGAUCAAGCGCGGAUGAAAGCGGAACAAGAAAAGGAUGAUCUCAGAAAUUCCAUUACCCAACUCGAAAGUACAAAGCAACAGCUCAUGCUAGAUCAUGAGCGAUUGGCCAAACACCGGCUCCGCCAACGAACGACAUCCGCGGACUAUAAUCCGUCUGCACGUUCCAGUGGUGCAACGCUCAUUACAGAACCUUCAGCUUCUUCUGAACCGGCGAUUUCAUCUCAUGAUCCUUCUCCGCUGUCACUUGUCUCACAGGACGCAGCCCCAUCAGCACCUACCGUUGCCUUGACACCGACAACCACAGUUGAAAGUAUUCAAGCCACACCCGAACGCCAUGUCCGUCAGGAAGACCGGAAUAGAUUGAGUCUGAUCUCCAACGACGUCCCACCAGCCGAGCUACGCUCCCCACGCCGCCGGUCUCUGACUUUGAAGAGUCUGAUAAAGAAAAUGGUGAACAAGGACGGAAUUGAAGAAGGGGAUACAACUACCAACAGACUCUCUAAGAUCAAAGAGAAAGAUAAGGAGAAGAGAAAAUCUUUCCCACUCACCGCGGGCCGCCCUAAGACAGCGUCGGCCCCAAAAGACAAGAAACCUUUGGUGCGACCUGAGACUGCCACCGCGACGCAACCAGAGAGUGCAGACGUGACUAGGGCGACUCAUGCUCUCUCGCUUCCGCCUCCCGGAGUUCGCGACUUUGCAACUGUGGAAAAUUCGAAGACAGAGCAAGCGCCCAGGCCAAAAACCGCGGCACCUGCUGCAUCCGAAGCCAACGGAGGGCUGACAAUGGAGAGCCCGAGAACCUCGCGGUAUCACGAAGAAUUUGAUUAUAGUAGUAUUGAGAAUGCGGCGAGGCCACAGACUGCGACGGUUGGGACAGGCGGGAAGACUGGAAAGCAAGAGAGACCAAAGAGUAGGGCGUGGAGUGUUUCGUAA